AUGGAUGAAAACAAAGAAGAAGUUCAUCUGGGGCUCGAUUUGGGUCUCGGUUUGAACGAUUGCAACCCAACGAGAAGAGAAAACCAUACUCCGCAAAACAAGAAGCGCGCAUUGUUUCUCGAUCUUUCGAUUCCACUCCACACGGGCGAUCAGAGUGCGAGUCGCGAGUCGAGCUCGAGCCUUAAGAUCAUGGGAAAAGACUCGACAAGACAAGGGAUUGUCGAGAGAAUUAACGGGUUUUGUGGCAAAGAGGAUGAUGAGAGCAAAGCUUCCAUGGAUAAUUUUGAGUGCAGGAAAAAAUUGAGGCUCACUAGAGAUCAAACAACAUUGCUCGAAGACAGUUUCAAACAACAGACUACCCUUAAUACGGACAAAAUUGAAGCAAAUCGAAUUGGACUGCGAAUUCUUGAAGAGAAACUGCGAAAGAUUAAGCGAAGAAAACUGGAGAUUGAAGAAGGAGCUUUUGGAUCUCCGAUUGUCACUAAAGAUAGAGAAAACACCUCCGCAGCCGCCGCCGCCGCCGGUCCUCCACCAUAUUCCCAAGGCGGCGCGUGA